GCGCGUGUUUCAGAGGCUCGUUAUGGGGGAGGGUUCCUGUUGAAUCCUGCGGUUGCGUGCGGAGUGUGGAGGUUGCCCCGCGUUAAGCGCUUGAGCUGUCCUCUUCCGGCUAAGCCUUUGGUGUUAGUGGUGCGGCUGAAGAGAGGCAGUUCUGGUAACCUGAUUUGAGUUCCAGUCUCUAAGAAAGUGAGGCGUGCUUGCCUGAGAGGAGGGACGUAGGAAGUAUCUCUUUGUAGUGGCUCUCCUUGUGGAAGGCAGGUUUCCGAAGGAAUGAUGACACCUGUGGGAGCUACUGCUGGUGUGAAGGAAGGACUGGGCAUGUAUUGAGACAUCCAUCCACUCUGGAGAAUGAUUUUGUUGCACUAAAGAUGGCAGCUAAACUGCUGAGAUUCCUGGCUACCUCGUCUCAUAAAAUAGGCCAACAAGUCAAUAAAUAUGGACACCUAACAUCAAACAACAGUUUUUGUGGUAUGUCAAGCAGUAUGCUAUCUGUGAAAAGAUUAUUCAGUCUGAGCAUUCCAGAAAUGGUGGCUUCUCACUUAACCAAUAUUUGUGGGCAAGCUAAAAUCUGGCAGACACCACACACUGAUGUUACUACAACAGCAAAGACUGUGAAUUAUUUGAUUAUGGAUAUCUUUCAUCCAACUCAGGAAAAAUUCCAUGCUCUAAAAGCUUCUAUUUAUAAGCGCAAUCCAAAGUGUAUAAGAAAAUUUGAGCUACCAGUGCGACAUUAUUCAGUUUUAUCAACUGAUACAAUCAUGUCAAAUCAAGGCAUUCUGUCAACCAAAAGGCCACCAAAGGCAUCGAGGACCAAGCAGCCAUCCAGAGUUAAUCUGCCACAACUGUCUGAAAAAGAGGAUCUUAUGCAGUGCACAGCCUUUGCAACAGCAGAUGAAUAUCAUCUUGGUAACCUAUGCCAUGACCUGACAUCACAGGGAUAUGUUGAAAUAACAACAUUACCUAGAGAUGCAGCAAAUGUUUUGGUGAUUGGCACAGAAAACUCAAUGAAAGAGUAUGAUCCUGGAAUAAUUUUUUUUUUCAGGGAAGGAUCUGUUGUUUUCUGGAACAUUGAAGAGAAAACAAUGAAGAAUAUAAUGCAAGUGCUGGAAAGGCAUGAAAUUCAGCCAUAUGAAAUUGCUCUGAUUCAUUGGGAGAAUGAAGAGAUUAACUACAGAAGAGGAGAAGGGCCAUCAAAGCUUCAUAAAGGAGAAAUCCUGAUAAAUUCAGAACUAGAUAUUGAUGAAGUCACUCUAGAGAAGUUUGCUUUUUCAAAUGCUCUUUGCCUUUCUGUAAAACUGGGAAUUUGGGAAGCAUCCUUGGAUAACUUUGUAGAAUCUAUCCAAUCAAUACCAGAGAUACUAAAAUCAAGAAGGAAGGUGAAACUCUCUCAUGCUGAUGUGAUGCAGAAAAUAGGGGAACUAUUUGCCUUAAGGCACCGUAUAAAUCUGAGUUCAGACCUGCUGAUCACUCCAGAUUUCUAUUGGGACAGAGAACACCUGGAACAGCUUUAUGAUAAAACAUGUCAGUUUCUCAGUAUUAAUCGCAGAGUAAAGGUGGUGAAUGAAAAGCUUCAACACUGCACAGAGUUGACAGACUUAAUGCGAAGUCACUUGAGUGAAAAACAUGCCUUGCGCUUGGAGUGGAUGAUAGUGAUACUCAUAACUAUAGAGGUCAUGUUUGAACUUGGCAGAGUGCUUUUCUAAGAACUGCAAUCAAUGGCAAUGAGAAGUGUUUGUCAAGAUUCCAUUCUAACAGCUACUGAUCUUAAGCAGCUUUCUUCUGAAUAAUGUAUGGAUACUUGAUGUGCAUACAUAAAGAUUGAGACAACUGGAUCAGUCAA